UGGGGCAAAGUGGAAGGAGUGGAGAUUUUCAGAGCUGAGUAGUAAAGAAUCUGUAGCCUAGGGACAGUCAACAGAAGGAGAAAGAGAAAGCCCAACUGGGCUUUUGCAGUGAAGGGAGAAAUCUAGGAGGAUCUUCAACCCUUUAGGCAUCUUGGAGUAGAAGACUUCUGAUACCAGUAGUACCACCUCCUCUAGGAAUGAGAGAAGUUCCCAGAAAAGGUCUGCUCUUUCCAUAACUUCUCUUUCCUCCAAGCUGAAAACACCAAGAAAAGAGAUCUACAACUCUUUGGCUGAAUCUUUAGUACUGCUGCUGCCAGCGGCCGCUAUAUUCUGAAUAAAAGUAAGGCAAUGCCAGAGAGUUGGUGAAGACUUUCUUUUUAUCCUACAAUGGUUGACAGCACCAAGUAUGCAGUGGCUGCGCAGCACGAAGAAGAUGUAGCAUCUUUAGCCAGUGGGCCCAAUUCAGGCCCCGAGCAGAUAAAACUGAAGAAGGAGAUCUCCCUGCUCAAUGGGGUUUGCCUGAUUGUGGGGAACAUGAUUGGCUCUGGGAUCUUUGUUUCACCCAAAGGGGUACUCAUGUACAGUUCUUCCUUUGGCCUCUCUCUUGUUAUCUGGGCCGUUGGGGGCCUCUUCUCUGUCUUUGGAGCCCUUUGCUAUGCCGAACUGGGCACCACCAUCAAGAAGUCUGGGGCUAGUUACGCUUAUAUCCUCGAGGCCUUUGGGAGCUUCCUGGCCUUCAUCCGACUCUGGACCUCCCUCCUCAUCAUCGAACCCACCAGCCAGGCCAUCAUUGCCAUCACCUUUGCCAACUACAUGGUGCAGCCAAUCUUCCCCAGUUGUUUUGCUCCAUAUGCUGCUGGACGCCUGAUUGCAGCUGCCUGUAUCUGUCUCUUAACCUUCAUUAAUUGUGCUUAUGUCAAGUGGGGAACAAUGGUACAGGACAUUUUCACCUAUGCGAAAGUAGUGGCCCUGAUUGCGGUCAUCAUUGCUGGCAUUGUCAAAAUUGGCCAGGGAGAGGCGACUAACUUGGAGAAUUCAUUUGAGGGGUCUUCGUUUUCAAUGGGAAAUAUUGCUUUGGCACUGUAUUCUGCUCUUUUCUCCUACUCUGGCUGGGAUACUCUCAACUAUGUCACUGAGGAGAUCAAGAAUCCUGAAAGGAACUUGCCCCUCUCCAUUGGCAUUUCCAUGCCCAUUGUUACUAUUAUCUACAUUUUGACCAAUGUGGCUUAUUACACUGUGCUAAACAUGAAGGACAUCUUGGACAGUGAUGCUGUUGCUGUGACAUUUGCUGACAGAAUUUUUGGAAUAUUCAACUGGACAAUUCCCCUGGCUGUUGCCUUAUCCUGUUUUGGAGGUCUCAAUGCCUCCAUUGUAGCUGCUUCCAGGCUUUUUUUUGUGGGCUCGAGAGAAGGCCAUCUCCCUGAUGCUAUCUGCAUGAUUCAUGUUGAAAGAUAUACUCCAGUGCCAUCCCUGCUCUUCAAUGGAGCCAUGGCACUAAUCUACUUGUGUGUGGAGGACAUCUUCCAGCUCAUCAACUACUAUAGCUUCAGCUACUGGUUCUUCGUGGGUCUCUCCAUUGUGGGGCAGCUCUACUUACGUUGGAAGGAACCUGACCGAAACCGGCCCCUCAAGCUCAGUUUGUUUUUCCCCAUUGUCUUCUGCCUUUGUACCAUCUUCCUGGUGGCCGUCCCUCUUUACAGUGAUACCAUCAAUUCCCUUAUUGGCAUUGGCAUUGCCCUUUCAGGCUUGCCCUUUUACUUCUUCUUCGUCAGAGUGCCAGAGCACAAACGUCCACACUGCCUCCGAAAGAUUGUGGCUUCUGCCACACGGUAUGUCCAGGUCCUGUGCAUGUCAGUUGCUGCAGAGAUGGAUUUGGAAGAUGGAGAAGAGAUGCCCAAGCAACAGCACAACAAAUCCAACUAACCCAACAACCUGACUUUCUCCCCUAAUGAGCCAACAAGGGCAAAGAAUUUCCUUUUUCUACUGGUCAGGGCCAGAGGAUAAGAGGGAUGGAUGGGAUCCUUCCCUGAAGACAAAUUUACCAAGCCCAGACCUGGAGGAAACUUUUGAACUUAUUCUUUAAGAGAGGUGGAGAAUAAUUUAUUUUUUGUUACUUGUUCCAGAUUUUUAAGUGGAAGGUUAGGGGUAGAAAGAAGCAAGCACACUUUGAGCUUCUUAGUAGGUUCUCAGAAGGAGAAGGAACAGGGGCAAGUGCCCAGAAUAGGUAUCCCCUACCCAACUCUUUCCCAUUGGGAGUCCUGCUCGGGGGUAGUUAGCAAUGUUCUUGGCCUUCUGUCUGCAUCAGAGAGGAUCUACCAAAGGGGUAGAAAGCAAUAAAAGGGAUGACAGUGGCCUCUUUCAUCACACCAUCAGGUUUCUUCUUGGAACAAUCCUGGCUCUAAUUUUCAGAGACUUGGUAUAGAUGGGUAAAAAAAAUCUUGAUGCUCUAGAAGUAUUCUCCAAGUUCUUCUUUCUUCCCAACUUAAAGCCCAUUGUAUUUUGUACAGCCAGGUGAAAUUACUAUUUCAAGUGGGACUUAGAGAGUUAAAUUAUUGAAUGGUAAAAUGUUGAUUAAAAAGUUGAUUUCUACCUUCACUGAGGACAAACAUGGAAAGGAUAUUAAAUAGUGGGGCCUACAGUCAAACACCUCUCUUUCUUGGUCUUAAAAAAAUAAAUCUCAUUAAUAAAUAUUUAUUUAGACCCACCA